AUGUCACGGGACGGGUAUGCAGACGAUACAUGGCUGAUUGAGCUGGAGCGUCGAUCCAAGAAGCACUCGAGCGGCGUUGGCGCGCAAAACCAGGCGCUGAGGGAGAAGCUGUCGGGGCUUGGGCAGCUGCCGCAACUAGGCCUUGCAGCGAGGAAAUCUCCUCGAAGCGGAAACGCUGUCUCCAUCCGGCAACCUAGUGCUCAAGCGGUCCGGAAUGCUAGGACUCUUCUGGAAGGGCGCUACCGUUUGUCCGGUGCCACGUGGCAUUAUUCCCCGCCAGAUGGGGCGCAGAGCCGAGCCAUUGCCGCCGAUGCAUCGUCGCUGGCCGAGCUGCUUGGGAAGCAGCUGGAAAUGAAAACUUGUUUCAGCAACGUGGCGGCGCUGGAAAGAGCCUGUCAGGCUGCAAGCAAGCGCCUGCAGGAGGCGGCUGCUAGCGCUCGCCAUUCAGAGCACGAGGCGCAGAGGUGGCGGCGGAUGCGCCGUGACAUUUUGCAGGGGGAAGGGGAUGCGGCAGCGCCACUGAAGAUGACCGAGGCGUCGCUGGAGCAGAAGAGGCAACAGGUGAGCCUCCUCCGGCUGCAAGCGCAGCACGCGGAUCUUUGGCCUGAAGCCAUCAAGAGCCUCAAGCGGGUGCUGGGACCCUGCGCCAACGACAGCCUAUUGCGGGAGAGGUUCUCCUGCGCUGGUACCACGUGGCGCUUUGGGACUUGCGAAGGCGACCUUCGGACGUAG